AGUGUUAAGGGGACAGGGGGAGCUCUCAACACCCAUAUCUAUAUGUUAUUGAAGCUUGGGGAGGAAGGUGACUUCAAUGUACCUGCCUGAGGGCGGGUUAGAGGAAACCUAGCCUUGCUCUGCUUUGGAGUUAGAGAGAAGCUUGGGGUCACUUAGCUGGGGCAGGAGGGAAGGAGCCAGUAGUCUCUUUUGGGCCAAAUUGAACAAUAUGCACCUGGGGACUAGGCCUACCUAGGCUGGUUUUAAAAGGUGCUUGCAGGUGUGGGGCCAGGACAGAAAGGGGUAUUUGGGCAGCUCUUGGAGUUCAGGUUAGAGUUUGGAGGAACAUAUGGGGCACUCUUUGGUUUACCUUUUGUGCCUUAAGAGGGAGCCCUUUAGGCCUUUCAGUGAUUGGCAUCUCCAAGCCUGGUGGCCACCCCUGGAGGCAGUGGUAGGAGGAAGGUGAAAUUGCUGGGAACAGGUUGCAGCCCCAAGAGGCUGGGGAGAGUUGGUAACUCCCUGCGGGGUGCCCUCCAUGGGGUCCCCCCAGUCCAAAGGUGAGGACAGGCCUCUUCAGCCCUUCCCUCUCUAACCCUUCCUCAUUGGGGCCCUCAGGCCCCAGCGGUUCCAGCCAGGGGAGGGCCUGGGCCUGAGCAGAGCUGGCAGCUCUGGGCCCCAAACCGGUUUUCCCACCUCGCCUGGGGCUGGCACAUCACCUCUGUGGUUCCUGCCCCCACCUUUGCCACCAAGUUUUUCCUCUCCCAACUCUGGAAUGUUAAGUGGGGAAUACCCAGGUCAUCUUUUGUCCCUUGCCUGCCCUGGGUGUGGUCUCUUCUAGAAAGGUAAGGCCACUAUGCAUGAGUUUAGAACAAGAUGAGGUGACUUCCACUCUUGGCCUUCUGCACUUCUGGCAUUCAGGGAUCCCCUCCAGGCCUUGAAGGUUUUGAAUCUAAAAGACAACAAAAAGUAGUUGGAACUCCUCUUGCCAUCAACAUCUCUCCCCAGUCCGAGCCCUGGAGGAGACCAGAAAGCUGUAAGAAAGUCCAACCUACCUCUGGACUGCUCUGAAGUGAGAAGGAGGGAGCAGUGGCCACCACCCCCAGGUGCCCCAGGCCAGCCCAGGUCCCUUCCUCAAGUUCCAACAAGGCAAAUUACUUGCAUUUGUCUUCUGCCAAGAGAACACCUCUUUUGUGGAACUGAGAUUGUCUCAUUAAUGAUAACACCAGCUGAUGCUAAUAGGGCCCUUGCUGCGUGCCAGGCUCUGUGCUAAACACUUUAGAUGCUCACAAAACCCCUGUGAGGUGGAUAAAACCAUGAGAAACGGGCACAGAUAGGUCCAGUAAUGUGCCCAGAGGCACACCAUUAGUCUGCUAUGGAAGCAAGCUUUCUCCCUAGGCUGGCUCUAAAAGUACACCUUUACAAAGUGGGGUACCAUAUUCCUAACUCUCUUAAGAGUAGUGCUGGUUUGAAAUGGAACUGAGUACUGAAAUCAAAUCCUAAUCUGUGGAAGAAUAGCUCCUUAGGGAGAGAUGCAAGAUGUGGAGGUGUCUACAGGAGCUCUCGCUGCUUCUGUACCUAGACCCACUUCCAUUCACCCAGUUCCCAUACAAAUACAGGUCUUCUAUAAAUAUUAACAUUUUGCUCAUUUGUAAAGCUCUUUCCCAUUACCCCAUUGGGACAAGCAGGUCUGAGAACCAUCCCCAUUUCACGAAGGAGAAAAUAAAGCUAAGAAAUUAAAUGACUUGCACAAGGUACUGGCCUUGAGCUCUGGUGUUCUCCCUGGGAGUCUGGGUUGCAUAUGAAAUGCCCCACUGGGACUCUGCUGGGAAGGGGGAGUGGCGAUGGCCCUAUAAGCACAAACUUUGGUGAGGGACCUAGCAAGGAAUCACCAUCACAGAGACUAUCACACAGUCCAGAUGGGUAGCAUAUCAUUAACAGUGGAUCCCCAAUAAAGCUGACAAACAUUGAGGUGCUGCCUUUGUUUGGGACUGACAGGGCCCAGAAGAAGGAAGGAUCCCAUCCUUGGGGGUGCUGGUGGAUGAGUUCUGGGGGCCUGACUGGUUUGGGCAGGUUCCACAGUGGGUCAGUGGCUGGUCAGCAGGUGGCAUGGGCACAGAAGUAAUGCUUUCUUAGGGAGGAGGAGAAAGCAAGGACACCUAAUCGUCUUUUCCAAGCUGGGGCCUGACAGUAGGUAGCCAGGGGAAAAAAAAACCAAAAAAACAACAAAAAAAAACACCCUACAAUUCCCAGAAUGCCAUGCUCCCAGGCCAGUCGGGGAUGGUUGCCAUGGUUUCAGAAAACAAUAUGGCCGCUCCCAGCGGGGACGUGAGUCUCUGGGUUGGGGAGGCAGAAGCGGGUCUGGGCUACUGUAGUAGCUACAGAGGAGUCGCUUGAGGGGUCGUGAGGCUGAGGCUGGACGCUACACGGCUGGAACGGUUUAGGCUUGCGGAGGGUGCCGAUGGCGAGCAGCGUGGACGAGGAGGCGCUGCACCAGCUCUACCUGUGGGUAGACAACAUCCCUCUGUCCCGGCCCAAGCGAAACCUCUCCCGGGACUUCAGUGACGGAGGUGUGCGCCCCUGUGUGUCUACAUGUUCUGUCCUGUAUGUAGUACUGGUUGCAGAGGUCGUCAAGUUUUACUUCCCCAAGAUGGUGGAGAUGCACAAUUAUGUCCCUGCCAACUCUCUCCAGCAGAAGCUCAGCAACUGGAGUCACCUGAACAGGAAAGUACUGAACAAGCUGAACUUCUCGGUACCGGACGACGUGAUGCGCAAGAUCGCGCAGUGCGCCCCCGGCGUUGUGGAGCUGGUGCUCAUCCCGCUGCGGCAGCGCCUGGAGGAGCGGCAGAGGCGCAGGAAGCAGGGCUCGGGCUCCUUGCAGGAACUGGCUCCCCAGGAUGGCAGUGGCUACAUGGAUGUGGGUUUAUCCCAGAAGGCCCGAGGUGAAGGUGCCCCCGACCCCCAGGGAGGGGAGCAGCUCAGGGGGGCUCGGCCACCUGCGCCCCGGCUUUCCGGGUAUAGCCAGGCGCUGCAGGGCGACCCAAGCUUCGUCCUCCAGAUCGCUGAAAAGGAACAGGAGCUGUUGGCCUCGCAGGAGACCGUGCAGGUCCUGCAGAUGAAGGUCAGGCGCCUGGAGCACCUGCUCCAGCUUAAGAACGUGCGCAUCGACGACCUCUCCAGGCGGCUCCAGCAAGUGGAGCGUAAACAGCGGAGAAUGGACCGCUUUCCAGAGCCCAGAAGCCACGUGCAGAGACCUGGCAAAGCCCCCAAAGCAGUAUCCAACACCUGGGGCCCAGCCUUGCAGCUCCCAGCGCUGGCCUUUGGGGGGCGGUCCCAUGGCUUGGUCUGUAUCCCCAGAACCGGGUCCCCAGCCAGCUCUGAUGACAGCGGUGUCUCCAUCCAGGCUAGUUCUCCAUGCCCUCAGUCAUGGGGGGAGCUGCCCUGGGCAGCCGAGGGGCUCCCUUACCCUUCAUGGGAGCUCACCAGGGACUGAAAUGGGGGCCGGAGACCACAGCAGUGAGUAGUGGGCUCAGCCAGGAGGAGCAGGGAGGACGUGGGCCCAGCCUGGAUCAAUCGUCCUCCGCCCAUGGGGUACUAUUGGGAGCAUUUGGAGGAUAUGAGACAGGGCUGUCACCAUUAAAGUAACUGCUGUGUUCU